ACGCGUUGACCAUCCUGACCAUAUCAUCCCGGCACAACUUUAAACUAGCCAGUUGCGCCAGUUCCCAAUUGCUUGAUUCAAUAUUUCCCGCACCUUUCUUUACUUCUUUAUUUUUUUUUCCUCUUCUCACUAAUAAUUCCACUCUAGAUUUCCAUCAAAUCAACCAUCAAACAAUUGCUACCUUCAACUGCGCACCAAUUCCAGUUGAUAUAUUACCAAGGCAAUUAGUAAAUCGAAUAGCUUGCCUAUUUCGGCUCAUUCAUCUACUUCUACACUUUCCUUGUACACAUUUGAACCUCAAUCCAUCCUCUUACUCAACUUUCCCACUUACCAUCCUUUUUCCAACUUUACUUCUCUUUUCCAACUUGUCACUUUCCACACCAUCAACGACACAAUGGGAGGCCGACGACCUGUCGGUAGACCCCGCAAGAGCAAUCCUUCUGAGAAGGAUGCUCAGAAGAGAGAUGUCCAAAAGGAUACCCAAAAGAAGGAUGGCCAGAAGAAGCCUAAGCGUGUUAAAGCCCAAGUCGAAGUCGCCGACGACCAGCAAGUCGGCCAUCUCAAUGUAAGACCCCAUGGUCAGGCCCGCAACGAGCUGGAGGAGCGUAUCAGCGAUCUGGGUGAUUCGUGGGAGACGGAGUCGUUGUUUGAGGAUGUCAUUGAGGAUAUCACCGAAGUUAGCUUCUUCGAUGAUGUCGAUGCCGUGACGCCUGAAGAAGCACUCGCGUAUCGUGAGCAGCUGCUCACUAUUGGCCCUCAGGAAUUUUGCCGACAGACUGUUGAUUGCGGCGCCAUUUCGGCGAAGAAGCUUUUGACAGCCUUUGGAAUAAGACCCCCGGCUUUCCUUGAAGGUCUAGCAGAUGACGCCUAUUAUGGGCUGCUCACCUUGGCCAUGUCGCGCGAACUAGGCAAACGCGCCAAGCUCCCCAAGUACAACACGGUCGAUGAUGCCGUCGACUUACUGAUGAAAUCGCACAACAUCAUCGUCUUGACCGGUGCUGGAAUAUCUACCUCGCUGGGCAUCCCCGACUUCCGAUCCAAGGAAACGGGCCUUUACACGCAACUCGAGAAUCUUGGACUGGGCAUCAACGACCCACAAGAGGUCUUCAACAUUGACAUCUUCCGUGAAGACCCCACCAUCUUCUACUCGGUUGCUAAGGAUAUCCUGCCCGAUACCAAGGGCCUCUUCUCUCCCACGCACGCUUUUAUUGCGAAGCUACAGAACAUGGGCAAACUCUUGACCAACUACUCGCAGAACAUCGAUAACAUCGAGGCGAAUGCAGGUAUCAGCCCCGAUAAGCUUGUUCAAUGCCAUGGCUCCUUCGCAACUGCCACUUGUCAGAAGUGUGGCUACAAGGUCAAGGGUGACACCAUCUUUGCCGACGUCAAGGCUGGUAAGAUUCCUCGAUGUGACAAGUGCAUUGCUGCCCUUCGCACCAACGGCGCGAUGAAGCGUAAGCGAUCCUCCAAGAAGUCUGCGGGAAAGCGAACCCGACGCAGAAGUUCGGAGGAUGACGAUGACGAUGAUGAUGACGGCCGCUACGAUAUUCCUGCAGCUGGCGUCAUGAAGCCCGAUAUCACCUUCUUUGGUGAGGAGCUUCCCGACGAGUUUAGUCAGCGACUCGUGAAGCACGACCGCGACCUUGUCGACCUGGUCGUCGUCAUCGGAACAUCGCUCAAGGUUGCACCGGUAUCCGAAGUCGUGCCUUACCUUCCUCCCCAUAUACCGCAAAUCUACAUCUCGCGAACACCAGUUAAUCAUAUUAACUUUGACAUCGACCUGCUUGGUGAUUGCGAUGUGGUCGUCGCCGAGCUGUGUCGUCGCGCUGGAUGGGACCUUGACCAUAAGAUGGUGUCCCCCGACCAAGUUGUCGACAUUAGACUGGAGGAUGGCUAUAAAAGCCGACACGUUUUCACGGUCAGUGAACCGUCGACGCCAGAGGAGAAGUGAUUAACUCUGGUAACAUUGGAUGAGUCAUUUCUCGACUCUAUAAUUACGACAUACAACCAAUAAUACAACGGUUGUUCCUACUAUUUGCAUUAUCUCGGCUGGAGCAGGGCGCGGCAACGUGGCGUUCAUUUUGACAGCAAGGUGUUUGGGGUCUCUACGUUUCCGACAAAAUUUCUUUCGUACUUGGA